UUCUGUUUCUAUGAAAUCAGAUUUUUGUUUGGUUGGUUUUUAGAUUCCUUACAUAAGUAGUACAUUACACAAUUUUUCUUUCUCUGUCCAGCUCAUUUCACUUAGCAUAAAGCCCUCCAGAUUCAUCCUGCCAUUGGCAGGAUUUCCUUUUGUGUGGCUGAUUAACAUUCCAUUUAUAUGUAAAUCACAACUUUAUCCAUUCAUCCACUGAAGGACAUUUAGGUUGUCUCCAUAUCUUGGCUAUUGUGACUAAUGGUGCAGUGAACAUGGGUAUGCAGAUAUCUCCUCAAGAUAUUGAUUUCAGUUUCUUUGGAUAUAUUCCCAGGAGUGGGAUUGCUGGAUCACAUGGUAAUUCAAUUUUUAACUUUUUGAGGAACUUCUGUACUGUUGUCUGUCUUGACUGUAGCAUUUUAUAUUCCCACCAACAGUAUGUAAGUGAUACCUUUUCUCAACAUCCUUGCCGACAUUUGUUAUUUGUGGUCUUUUUGAUAAUAGCUAUUCUAACAGAUGUGAGCUGAUAUCUGUGACUUCGAUUUGCAUUUCCCUGAUGAUUAGUGAUGUUAAGCCCUUUUCAUGUACCUGUUGGACAUCUGUAUAUCUUGUUUAGAAAAAUGUCUGUUCAGACCUUCUGCCCAUUUUUUAAUUGGAUUGUUUCUUUUAUUGCUUCUGACUUGUAUGAGUUCUUUAUAUAUUUUGGAUAUUAACCCUUUAUCAGUUAUAUGGUUUGCAAAUAUUUUCUCCCAUUCUGUAGGUUGCCUUUUCAAAUAAGACAUUUCUGAGGAUCUAAUGUAUAACAUAGUGACUGUAGUUAAUAAUAUGUUAUUGUAUACUUGAAAACUGCUAAGAGUAGAUCUUUAAGCAUUCUUACCACACGCAAAAAAGUUAACUAUGUUAACUAUGUGAGGUUGUUAAUUAUGUAAAUGUGUUAAUUAUUUUGAUCUUGGUAACCAUUCUACAAGGUACAUGUAUAUCAAAUCAUCAUGUUGUGCACUUUAAACAUAUACAAUUAUAUUUGUCAACUAUUCCUCAAAAAAUUUUUUUUAAUGUAAAGAGAGAAAUAGAAGGGCCAUUCUUUGGGACUGUGGGGGAAAGACAGAAGGUGAUUGAAGAGCUAUUUCAGAAUGAAGAAAUGUCCUCAGUGGCUGUAGCAAUGUUAUAUUGGCAAGAAGCUCAGCCUCUCCACAACCCCCAGUCAUGCUUCUUGCCCCCUUAAAUCCUGCCACCAGUUUAGACUUCUUUAAUCCCUUCCCUGGGGCUCUAGGGACCACCUUCAGUGACUUGAACAUGAGGGAUUCCCUACUCCCAUUGCCUGGGAGGGAAGGGGAAGGAGAGAUACCUGAUUACACAGCAUGUGGGGGAGAAAGGUGCAAAUGGAAACUACAAUGUCCAGACCAGUCCUCUCUCCAACCCACAUCAAUGCUACAGCUUCUGAAACAUUCACGGUACUUCAGCAAAGGAUGAGAAUAGUUGAGGAACAGACCAGUUCUCUGAGGGAUGACCUAAUAAUGUUGGACUUUGGUGAAAAAAGAGGCCAAUUGGAAACUCCAAAAUAUGUGGAAGAGCCUAUGAGCCAGAACAUCAUUAGUCCUAUCCAGAAUGAAAUAAUUUGUUCAGGAAAAACAGAUAUUUUAUGGAAGAACUGUGAGUUUCUGGUAAAUCGAAUGUGCCGUCUAGAAAGCCUCAUCCAGUCCUUGAAGAUGAACAUCUUUCGUCUGCAGACUGAAAAGGAUUUGAAUCCACAGAAAACAGCUUUUCUGAAGGAUCGACUGAAUUCAAUACAGGAGGAGCACUCCAAGGACCUGAAGCUACUGCAGCUGGAAGUGAUGAACUUGCGCCAGCAACUGCGAGAUGUGAAAGAGGAAGAAGACAGGGCCCAAGAUGAGGUGCAAAGGUUGACUGCCACUCUGGAGCUUGCCUCAGAGACCAAGAAGAAUUCAGCCAUUAUUGAAGAGGAACUGAAGACCACAAAACGUAAAAUGAACCUUAAAAUUCAGGAGCUAAGGAGACAGCUGUCUCAGGAGAAGCACCUAAGGGAAUCUCUUGAGAAAUCCGGAUCAGCCAUGCUACUCAAAAUACAAGAAAUGGGAUCAACAGUCGAGGUGGAACGGAAGCAGGUGCAAAUUUUGCAGCAAAACUGCAUUGCCCUACGCAGUUCUAUUCAGACCACCCAAGAAGUCCUGGCCCAGGAACAACAACAAAAAGGGGAGUUGGAGACUGCUACCUCACAGCUCAAGUCGGAUCUAGUUUCUAGAGAUGACCUCAUUUCCAAGUUGGUUGAAGAAAAUAAGAAUUUGCAGGUGUCUUUCAACAAAGAACAUGAAGAAAAUGCAUAUUUGAGGUCUGAAAUAAUAUCCCUUCAUGAAGCAUCAGAAAAAGCACAAGUUGUGAAUGACCAGCUAACUAGAAAAUGUUCAGAGCUGAACAGCAUGCUUCAGACUGUUAGAAUGGAAAAUACCAGAAUCAUUGCUGACCAUCAAGCCAUUCUUCAGGAAGAACAGAAAAUGAUGACACAGACAUUUCAAGAACAAAACUUACUGCUGGAUGCAGCCCAUGCCAGUAUCACAAGUGAGCUACAGACUGUUCAGAAUGAGAAAACACAGCUCCAAGUGCAUCUAGACCAUUUAAUCCUUGAGCAUAACCAGUGUAUCCAGAAAGCACAGGAUGUUGAGAAGAGGACAGCUGUGCAAAAAGAGCUGCUGGAAUCAACAAUUGCAAGAUUGCGAGGUGAACUGGAAGCAUCAAUGCAAGAGAAGAAGUCUCUGCUAGAUGAGAAAGACAGACUUCAGAGAGAGGUUACUAAAACAGAGAAAGAAAUAGCACAAGAAAAAUGCAAUUUGGAAAAGGAAUUAGCUAAAACCAAGGUAGACAUAAAUGCAUUAACUCACAGCCUGCAUACUGCAGAGGAAAAGAAUAAGCAACUGGCAGAUCAGAUGGCUUCCCUAGAACUUCAGCAAGCAACUUCUGAUUACCAUUGGCUUGCCCAACAGCAGGUGGAAAAUGUCUUGGGAAAAAUUACUGAGAGUAAAAAUAAACUGGCCUAUGAAAAAGGAAAACUCCAGAUAAAAGUUAAGCAGCUUGAAGAACAACUACAUUCUUUUACUGAAACCAGUUCACAGAAUGACCAUCUACGCAAGUUGAAUAAGGCACUAGAGGGCAAAUAUGCUCAGGUGAAAUCCAUUCUUGAAAAGAAUGAAGAGGAGCUCUCACGAGCAGUGAAGGGUCGUGAUGCAGCGCUGAAAGAGAGUCAGAAGUUGAAAGGGGACCUCGAGGCUUUGGAGGACAGGGAGAACAAGAAGGUGGGGAACUUUCAGCGACAACUGGCAGAGGCUAAAGAAGACAACUGCAAAGUUACAAUCAUGUUGGAGAAUGUGUUGGCUUCUCACAGUAAGAUGCAAGGUGCUCUGGAAAAAGUGCAAAUAGAGCUUGGACGGAGGGAUUCAGAGAUUGCAGGCCUCAAGAAAGAAAGGGCUCUAAAUCAACAGCGGGUGCAGAAGCUGGAAGCAGAAGUGGACCAGUGGCAGGCCAGGAUGCUUGUCAUAGAUGCUCAGCACAACAGUGAGAUGGAGCCUCUACAGAAAGCUCUAGAUGUAGCUAGAGAAGACAACAGGAAACUGGCCAUGAGCCUGGAGCAAGCUCUCCAGACAAAUAAUCAUUUGCAAACAAAGCUUGAUCAUGUUCAAGAGAAAUUGGAAAGCAAAGAACUCGAGAGACAGAAUUUGGAAACCUUCAGAGAACGGAUGAAUGAAGAAUCCAAAAUGGAAGCCGAGUUGCAUGCUGAACGCAUAGAUGCUCUAAGAAAGCAGUUUCAAACUGAGAGAGAAACUGCAAAGAAAGCAGCACAACGGGAAAUGACUGAGCUGAAGAAAGCCCUUGACGAAGCCAACUUCAGAUCAGUGGAAGUGUCCCGGACCAACCGAGAGCUGCGGCAGAAACUCACAGAGCUGGAAAAGAUGCUGAACAGCAGCAAGGAGAAAAUAAAGACUCAAAAGGCUCAAAUUAAGCUCCACUUGUCGGCUAAGACGAAUAAUGCUCAAAAUAUAGAGAGGAUGAAGCAAAUAGAAACAGAAUUGAGGCAAAUGGAGAUCAUUAAGGAUCAAUAUCAGAAGAAAAACUAUGAACAGUCCCUGAGUAUCCAGAAAUUUGUAUCUGAAAUGACUAACCUCCAGAAGGAGAUGCAGCUGUUGGCCAAGAGCCAGUAUGACACCUCAGCACGGAAUAAACAGCAAGAGCUGUGCCUCGAGGCAGAGCGGAAAGUACGGCAGGAGCUGGAGAACCGGUGCCAGGAAUUGGAAGAAACUGUCAGACACCUGAAGAAAUGUAAAGAGGCAACAGAGAAUAAACUGAAAGAAGCCAGUGUGGAAUCAGAACAGAUAACAGCUAACCUGGAAGAAGCUCACCGCUGGUUCAAGUGCAGGUUCGAUGGCCUACAGCUGGAGCUGACAAAAAACCGGCUGCAGAGGCUUCCCCGGGAGGACAGGUGGCGGGAAGAGGACCAAGAUAAAAGGCACGACGGCAUGUCCAGCCAGUCUGCUCUACAUCGAUGGGAGAAUAAACAGAAUCUUAGACUUGUGCCCAAGAAGUGUCCUUCUGAACUAGAGAGAAAGUGAUGUCCUUGACAGAGGAGCUUUUUCACUUUCAACAGCUACAUCACCAGGAUUCCCCAAGCCCAGCAACCAGCACUGGCCUGUUUCCACAGUCAUCAGAACAUGAAGUCUUUGAUGUGGGCUGAAGAUUUUGGACCUGAGUUUAUCCUUUUAUGAACUCUUUGAUUUCAAUACAGAACCACCCCAUCUUUUUUGUCCCUUUCCCCAUUUUUCCACCCAAUAAAUUUAUAUUAAUGUGUUAUAUGA